GUGUUGUUUUGAAAAGAAGAAACGCUCUAACUACAAAACGGAGCAUCAGCAGCACGAUAACAAUAGCUAAAGUAAAUCUAGAAUCAUUUCUAUCCCAUAUCUAAUUACUAUCACAGACACCAAUUAAAAUUACUACUUUUCAUCGAAUUAGUACAAUCCAUAUUCCAUACGUUUUAUUUCAAUCUAUUUCAAUUCAGUUUCAUCGUUUUAUUAUAACAAUUUUUUAUUUAACAAUAAUCAACACUUAAUUUUCAUAUCUUUAUAUUUCUAAACAUCAAUUAUUCAUAUCAUCAAUCACAUCAUGACUAAUUCACAAAUAUAUUCAGCGACUUAUUCAAAUGUCCCUGUAUUUGAAUUCGUGACUCCUGAAGGUCCUAUAAUGCGAAGGAAACUAGAUUCUUGGAUAAAUGCAACUCAUAUAUUAAAGAUUGCUAAAUUCCCUAAAGCAAAAAGAACAAGGAUAUUAGAAAAAGAUGUUCAAACUGGUACUCAUGAGAAAGUUCAAGGUGGAUAUGGUAAAUAUCAAGGAACUUAUGUCCCCUUAAAUUUAGGGUCAGACAUUGCGAGGAAUUUCGGAGUAUUCGAAAUAUUAAGACCAAUUUUUGAAUUUAAAUAUAUCGAAGGUAAAUCUGAAACUCCACCUCCAGCACCUAAACAUAAUCAUGCAUCUGCUUUGAAUAUAGCCAAACGUCAGGGAAUCAUCGCAUCUGCAAAUAGUAAACAAUCAUCAGCAGCAACAGGAGCCGCAUCAUCAUCUACAACUACAGCAGCAUCCUUAAGGAAAAAUAAAACUUCUCCAAACGCAGGAGUAUUGCCAGGGGAACCAGCUAAGAAAAGAGGAAGACCAAAGAGAGUUGCCUUAAAUGCAAAACCAAAUUUAAAACAUUCAGAUACUACCCCUAUAGAACCAGGUCCAAAUAUUGGUACUUUCAAUACAAAUUCAAAAGUUUCGUUUACAGUCACAGCUCCAAUUUCUUUAUCAAGACAAGAUACCGAACAAGAUGCCUUACAAAUAAUGUCAAGCAAUAUGAAUCUUAAACAUGAAGAUUUAGAAUUGGUUGAAAGUGACGAUGAUGAAGAUGAUGAAGACGAUGUAGAAGAUGAUGUUGAACGUCAUCGUCGUCGUCACCAUCAUCCUAAUCUAGGUAGAAAUGGAAGUAAUCUUUUGAAUGGAGGAAAUGAUAAUGAUCCGUUACGUUUUGAUUCGCAAGUGGGUGAUGAUUUACUUGGAAGUAAAGAAUUAUUUGGUACUUCAAGAGAUUCAUUUGAAAGAGUACAUCAUAAUUAUAAUAAUAAUAAUAACAAUAAUAAUCAUCCACAUCCUCAUAAUGGUAAUACACAAAACAACAACAACAACAACAACAAUAAUAAUGGACAUCAUGAUCCUUAUAGUUUGCUGCAAUAUCAUACCCAUACACCAGGAAUAUCAGCCAGUCAACCAAUUGCUAAUGGAGAUCAAAUCUAUGGUGAAUAUUUUUCCAACUUAUUAGGUUAUCUUACUGAUGAUACAAAAAUACGAUCAACUGAAAUACCACCAAAUAUAUUAAAUCCACCUGAACCAUUCAAUAAGAUCAAUAUUAAUCAACCGAUCGACAAUGAAGGUAAUACGUUAUUCCAUUGGGCUUGUUCAUUAGCUAAUAUUCAAAUGAUACAGUUUUUGAAAGAUACGUUUGAGAUCAGUUCUGAAAUUAGGAAUAAUAAGGGUGAAACUCCAUUAAUGUUUUUAGUUAAAUUUGUUAAUUCAUACCAAUUAAAGAAUUUCCCUUCGAUUUUACAAAUCUUAUUGGAAUCGAUAUUAUUAGUGGAUAAUUCAAAUAAAACCGUCUUACAUCAUAUAACCUCGAUUGAAAAUGAUAAGAAACAUAAAGAAAGAUUCACCAGAUAUUACAUGGAGACGUUAAUCGAUAAGAUAAUCGAAGCAUCUGAUGAUGGAGAAAGUGGAGAAGAAACUAAUAAUAAUAGUAAUAAUAGUACCAAUGAUGAGUUACCGAUCAAUAAAAAGGAUGUGAUAUCGAAAUUUAUCAAUCAUCAAGAUUCAGAUGGAAAUACUGCCUUUCAUAUUGCCGCUUAUAAUUUGAAUAAGAAAUGUAUUAAAGUGUUUAUAAGUUAUCAUAAGUAUAUUCAUUUUGGAUUGAGGAAUUUAGUAUCAUAUACGGUUGAAGAUUAUUUAGGAGCUCAUAAUUAUGUCUUAAAAUUAGAUCUGGAAGAUAAUAAUGGUGAACCUGAUGAUGGACUUAAUUCAUUAAGUCAAAUGGAUAGUGAAAGUGUGAUUGGCGGUACGAUUAGUUCCCAAAGUUUUGAAAGUCAAUUAUAUUAUUCUAAACUUGCUAUUAAUUUACAAAAUUCAACAUCAAAUUUGAUUACUGAAAAAUUAACCGAAUUAGCUUAUACUAUUGAUAAAGAAUUAAGUGAAACUGAUCAAAAUAUUUUAAGUUUCUUUAAAAUUUUGAGAGUUCUUAAUGAAGAAAAAAUCUUGAGUCAAAAGGCUAUAUUAUCGAUAUUUAAAUUAGAUUAUUUGGUUGAUGAUAGUAGAGUCAAGGAAGAGGGAGAUGAUGAUGAUGAUGAAGAAGAUGACGACGAUGAAGACGAUAAUAAAAAGAGACAUCAUAAACAUAAUAGACAGAAUGAUAAUAAUAAAAAGAUUGACAAUCAACACGAAUAUUACAUUGAUCAUAAGAAAGAUCAAAUUAUUCAAGAUGAAAUUCAACGAUUAGUUAAUGAUUUAAGUUACUCAUAUUUACAAAAGAAAGAAGGAUUUGACCAAUUAUUAUCUCGGUUCAAGACGGUGAAGGAAAGACAAAUAUUCUCGGCCAUUAUUGAAGAAAUUAAAGAUGAAGAGAAAGAAAAUGAGCAACAUCAAGGAGAAGAAGAACAAGAUUUAUUACAAGCUGGGAUUCAAUUAUCGGAAGAAAUCAUUAAGAAAAAACAAUUAAUUGAUAAGAUUGCUAAACUUGAAUCCGAAUUCUCCUUGAAUCAAAUUGAUAAAGAAAACUUAUCAUCGACAUCAACAUCCGAUAUUAGUAAUGGUAUUAAUGAUUCGAUUGUUAAGAAAUAUGCCUUGUUAAUUUCGAAAUGUUCGGGUAUGAAUCAAAAUGAUGUUGAGAAAAACAUUGAUGAAAUUGAGAAAUCAUUAUUGAAGUCGAAAUGAUUAUUAAGUAAGACAUUUACCGAAUGACAAACACCAUAUAUAAAGACGUAUACGCUUUUAAUGUAAGAAUUUAGAAAGUAAA